AUGACUGGUAGAUACGUCGCAUUCGACAAAGUGUUUUCGUCUCUAUUUUAUCGCAUGCUUUGGCUCGCCGGCAUCGAGGAACCACGCUCCUUCGCAACUGAGGCUGAUAUCGAGAAGAUUACGCAAGGCUACAUGGAGCUUGAGCCAAGACCUGACCUCAAGGAGUGUUUUGAUAAGCUUCGAGCAGCGGGAUUCACGGUGCGUGGUCUGACAGCUGGGGACUUCGACAGAGUGCUUGGAUACUUUGAUAAGGCGGGUAUUGAGUUUCCAAAGGAGCACCUGAUGUCCUGUGACUCAUUUGGAGUGGGUAAGCCGGACCUCAAGGCAUAUGCCUCGACUUUUGAGGAGUUGAAGGGAGCAAAGGAGCUUUGGUUCGCUGCGGCCCAUAUGUGGGACGUGAGCUCAGCUAAGCAAGUCGGAUUCAAGAGUGCCUAUUGUUCUGUGCUGGAAAAAGAGACCUGUGUUGACAUCUUUGGGGAGAUGGAUGUCAUGUCGGAUACUCUGAGCGAGAUGGCAGAUAAGAUUAUCCAAGCCUCUUCUUAA